AAAUCUCAUGGUAUUUCCGAAAAUCCAGGCAAAUCCCAGCCUCAAUACACCCCAUCACAUACCUUCCCUGUAUAAAAUCCCCCUGUCCCCUCUCUCCUCCUCCUCCUCCUCCUCCUCCGCCCUUCAUUUCCUCUCCUCCACUCCAGGACCACACAUAUAUUCACCACCACAACAGUGUCUACCAUACCCACAAGGAAAUAUGAGAGAAAUCCUUCAUAUUCAAGGAGGCCAAUGCGGCAAUCAGAUCGGCGCCAAAUUCUGGGAGGUCAUCUGCGACGAGCAUGGCAUCGACCAUACCGGCAAGUACAGCGGCGAUUCUGAGCUUCAGCUCGAGCGCAUCAACGUUUACUACAAUGAAGCCAGCGGCGGGAGGUACGUCCCACGAGCUGUCCUCAUGGACCUCGAGCCCGGAACCAUGGACUCCGUUAGAUCCGGCCCCUUUGGUCAGAUCUUCAGGCCCGAUAACUUUGUCUUCGGUCAGUCUGGUGCCGGCAAUAAUUGGGCCAAGGGCCAUUACACCGAGGGUGCGGAAUUGAUUGACUCCGUGCUUGAUGUUGUACGCAAGGAGGCCGAGAACUGCGACUGCUUGCAAGGAUUUCAAGUCUGUCAUUCUUUGGGUGGAGGAACUGGAUCUGGUAUGGGAACCCUUCUCAUUUCCAAGAUCAGGGAGGAGUAUCCUGACCGCAUGAUGUUGACAUUUUCAGUCUUUCCGUCUCCAAAGGUAUCUGACACUGUUGUCGAGCCAUACAAUGCUACCCUGUCUGUCCAUCAACUAGUUGAGAAUGCGGAUGAAUGCAUGGUAUUGGAUAAUGAGGCUCUCUAUGAUAUUUGCUUCCGUACGCUCAAGCUUGCGACUCCGACCUUUGGUGAUCUCAACCACCUGAUCUCUGCCACCAUGAGUGGUGUCACAUGCUGUCUCCGGUUCCCUGGACAGUUGAAUUCUGACCUCAGGAAACUCGCAGUGAAUCUUAUCCCAUUCCCACGUCUUCAUUUCUUCAUGGUUGGGUUCGCACCCUUGACUUCCAGAGGCUCCCAGCAAUACCGGGCUCUUACAGUACCUGAACUGACUCAGCAGAUGUGGGAUGCCAAGAACAUGAUGUGUGCUGCGGACCCACGCCACGGACGCUACUUGACUGCCUCAGCUAUGUUCCGUGGCAAGAUGAGCACCAAAGAAGUUGAUGAACAGAUGAUCAAUGUCCAGAAUAAGAAUUCAUCCUACUUCGUGGAGUGGAUUCCAAACAAUGUUAAGUCCAGUGUUUGUGACAUUCCACCCAAGGGCCUGAAAAUGGCAUCUACUUUCAUCGGCAACUCAACUUCAAUUCAAGAGAUGUUCAGGCGUGUUAGUGAGCAAUUCACUGCAAUGUUCAGGCGCAAAGCUUUCUUGCAUUGGUACACUGGUGAAGGAAUGGAUGAAAUGGAGUUCACAGAGGCCGAGAGCAACAUGAACGAUCUUGUGGCUGAGUAUCAGCAAUACCAGGAUGCUACUGCCGAUGAUGAGGAGUAUGAGGAGGAAGACGAGGAUAUUGGUGCUUGAAAGGGUUCGGAAUUCUCUUUGAUUUGUCCAAAUCUCACGGUCUGUUGGUUAUCUUUUAGUGGGUGAUUGCUGUUUCUUAAAAUCGAGAGUUAAGGUAGUCAAUAUGUAUGCUUCGGUCUGUGGUUUGUUGUGUUUGUGAUGUGGGGUGUAAGAAAAUGGUUCCUCAUUGUGUGUCUCGUGAUUGUGUUGUGAUGUUAGAUGUUAGUCUUGGAUAUAUGAUGUGAUUAUUAUCUUUUACUUUCUGAUGUUCAUGAGAAGGAAUGUUAUAUUAUUUCAUUCUUUAUA